AGAGCGGCCAACAGUCGCACAUCUUGGCCCGCGCACUGAGCACGACGCAUUACGCGUGUCGUCUGGGCGCAAGCCUCGCGCGGAUAGCAUAAUGGACGACUCACGCCUUGCGCCAGUCGGACGCAGCAUCGCGGAGCAACAUGAUCGCGACAGAAGAGUUAAAGAAGCAAAGAGCAUGACUCAGACGCUCUUGCGCCACGCCGAGCGACAAGGCACAACACCUCCGCCAUAUGAGUUUCUGGAGUUGAUCGGAAAAGGAGCAUUCGGUCGCGUCUUCAAAUGCUUAGACAAGCAGACAAACAACCUUGUGGCGGUGAAGAUAAUCAGUAUUGAUGAGUCCGAUUGGUCAAACUCCAUGAAUGGCGAUCCUACACAGACCAUUAGCGAAUUCAAGAAGGAGGUCAGCACUCUGCGGCAGUUGAAGGACAACAAUGCUAAGAACGUCAAUGUCAUUCACGAUGCUUUCGACUGGCACUCACAACUCUGGAUAGUAUCCGAUUACUGUACUGGUGGCAGUGUGCGAACGCUGAUGCGGCCCUUUGAGAAGAAUGGCAAGCCCAUUGGUCUGCCCGAACAUUACAUCAUCCCCAUUGCUCGGGAGCUUGCUAUUGGCAUCAAGUCAAUGCACGAGCUGCAAAUCAUACAUCGCGAUAUCAAGUGCGCAAACGUCUAUAUUACUGAGACCGGAGAUAUCCAGCUCGGAGAUUUUGGCAUCGUAGGAGUCAUCGAUCACGACAAUCAGAAACGCAGGACGGUGAUAGGAACGCCGCACUGGAUGCCCCAUGAGUUGGUCGGACGUUUGGAACAUGGGAGUAUAGAUGAGAACGAGGAGGGCUAUGGCGCCGAGAUCGAUGUCUGGUCUUACGGCGUCACGAUUUAUGAGAUGGCUACUGGUUCACCACCUUACGCUACCACCGCACUUCACUUUCUGCCUGAAAUGAUCAAGAAAGCACCUCCACGCCUCGAAGGGGAUGACUACUCGCCAGAGCUGCGUGACUUCGUUGCAUUCUGCCUGAACACGGACAAGGAGGCUCGUCCGAGCGCAGCGGCAUUGCUGAAUCAUCCGUACAUCAGAGAUACCAGCAGGAUCUAUCCUACGCGCAAUCUAGUCAGACUGAUCGAGAGAUUCAAGAUCUGGGAGCAUGGUGGAGGCUCCCGUGCUUCCUUGUGGAUGGGGGCUCCGUCUGACUCUCAUGCUUCUCGUCGCGGUGACGAUGGCCAGGAAGAGGAAGAGGAUGAUCUUGAGGACUGGAACUUCAGCACCUCUGAAAACUUCGAUCAAGAAUUAGGACGACGUCUCAGUCAAUUGCCGCCUGGAGCCAUGUUUGAUGAUUGGAACUUUGACACUCCGACCGGUUCGAGUCUACCGCCUUUGCAGACUAAGAACCUCACAGUGGCCGAGCGCAUCAAGCAAGAGCACAUUGAGAAAGCGGCAAAUCGUGGCGAGAGAUUGCUCAAUAAAGUCUUUGACACGAAUGAUCCCGAGGGCUACCAGCUCGAGAAGCCUCCCGAGGAGCCGAUGCCCCCCAUGCCGCCUCCAUCCGACCUGCCAUUACGAGCGUAUGAACAGAGUACCAACAGCAGAGAGAGUGUUCUAGUGAUGGUGGACCUAGACGAAGCUGUGACACCAGGCACCACAUCUCUGGAUCUGCGGAUGGCGGCUAUCAAUGAGGACACCAUCAGGCCUGCAGCUCGAAAGCUGCGGCAUGAUGACGAUGAUGAAGAAGACAGAUACCAGUACGGUCAGCACGACGAUGACGAGCGGCGCAAAACCAUGGAGUGGAACUUUGCGACCGCUAUGCCACGCAAACAACGUGAUACGAGGGACUGGAAGUUCGAAACAGCCGAGCCUAUUCAUCCAGCCAUGCGCGCGCAGACCACAAAGGCAAGACCAGAGACCAUGGCGUGGUCGUUUGCGAAUGCAGGACCGGCAGCUGUCGAUGAUGGCGAGGACAUCGUCACAGCUAGUAGCGACAGCGCACUGGAGCCAGGCUUUCGUCCGCAGCUGAUGCACUCGGCGACCGAGCCGCUGGGCCAUAUGAGAGGACUCUCGAGCGGCUUUGAAUUCGGCCCAGACAGAGACUCGGUCACAUCAUUGAUCGAUCUUGACGCAGGCUUGGCAGAGCGAGUGCGUGUAGGCAAUGAGAUCAAUCGGCCAGGCACUGCGAGCUCGCACAUGACAGAUGCCACUUCUGGGAAUCCAUUCGAUCUGGAGGAAGAUGGCGCUCAAAAGGACGCCGACCGAAGCCGAUUCUCAUACCACAAGCCAUACUCUUCGGAAGGCGGCGGCAUCAAGAGACUAAGCCACAAGACAAUGCCGAUGCACGCCCGCGGUGCCAGUCUAUCCAGUACUGAGCCCGACCUGGAACCCACGCUGGAGCCCGCGUUGGCCACAGCAGGCACGUACGAAAGUCCCGCCGCCGCAGCAAAUCCGCAUCAUCUCAGCUUCAGUACACUCGAGCAAGGACUCGGUCUAACACCCGUAGAAAGCGACGACAACCAAUGGCCCAGCUUCGGUAGCUAUGAGACAUUAGAAAGCAGCCCGCAAUACAUCCCCACACCCAACGAGGAUCGGAACCUCCCACGCCUUGGCGACAGUCUCAUGAUCGACCACAGACUACGCACACACGCCGCCAGCAUGUCCUCGCGCUCUCGCGAACCCAGCAACGAACCACCGGGACCCGAAAUCGAUUUUCCCAAUCUUCAACCACCUCAUCCGGACGCUUUGUCUGAAUUGGUGGACGAUUCGUUGCUUGAGAAUGAAUUGGGGCGGUUAUUGAAUGAUUGCUCGUGGGCUUUGACGAGUGUUUCCAAGGCUUUGCAUCAGCAUGCUAGUAUUGAAGCUGAUGUUGAUGAUGAGAUUAGUUCGGAAAUUGAUAGUGGGUUUAACAGUAGUCAGCAGCAGGAUACGGAGGAUGAAGAGCAUGAUUUUUUGACGGCGAGGAGGAGGCCGAGGAGGGAGGAGCAACAGACGAGGGUUUCGCCGCAUUUGCCUAGUUCGGGGAGUUUUCAGCAGUGAGUUGGUGGGUUGGAAGUGUGUCUUUGUGGAAAAGAGCGAUGCAUUGGUGGGAUAGGGUAUGGUAGCGGCAUGGGUUGCCUCAGAAGUCGAAAACGAUUGUGAUGAUUGAGGCAUGAAAAUCAACGUCCAAGUCAGCGAACAACAUCAUACUUCCAACUCGGGUUGUCGUC